UCCCGAAAUUAAGAGAUACGCUGCUGCGGCGGCGGCGGCGGCUGGAGCUGCGGGGCCCGGGGCGGCCGGGUCCGGGGGGGACCGCAGCGAGGCCGCCGCCGUCGCCAUGGAGGCGCUGGGACCAGGGCCACCAGCCAGCCUCUUCCAGCCGCCCCGUCGCCCUGGCCUGGGAACAGUUGGGAAACCAAUCCGUCUCUUAGCCAAUCAUUUCCAAGUGCAGAUCCCUAAAAUUGAUGUUUAUCAUUAUGAUGUGGAUAUUAAACCAGAAAAGCGUCCCCGGAGGGUGAACAGGGAGGUAGUGGAUACUAUGGUAAGACACUUCAAGAUGCAGAUAUUUGGGGAUCGGCAGCCUGGCUAUGAUGGCAAAAGGAACAUGUACACCGCACUUCCCCUGCCUAUUGGCCGGGAUAGGGUGGAUAUGGAGGUCACGCUCCCAGGUGAAGGGAAGGACCAAACCUUUAAAGUGUCAGUUCAGUGGGUGUCCGUGGUCAGCCUUCAGCUGCUCCUGGAAGCUCUGGCCGGGCAUCUGAAUGAAGUCCCAGAAGACUCAGUACAAGCACUUGAUGUCAUCACACGGCACCUUCCCUCUAUGAGGUACACCCCAGUGGGUCGUUCCUUCUUCUCUCCCCCUGAAGGAUACUAUCACCCACUGGGAGGGGGACGGGAGGUCUGGUUUGGCUUCCAUCAGUCUGUCAGGCCUGCAAUGUGGAACAUGAUGCUCAACAUUGAUGUAUCAGCAACUGCUUUCUAUCGUGCCCAGCCUAUUAUUGAAUUCAUGUGUGAGGUCUUGGAUAUUCAGAACAUCAAUGAACAAACAAAACCCCUUACAGAUUCCCAGCGUGUUAAGUUUACCAAAGAAAUCAGAGGUCUAAAAGUAGAGGUUACUCACUGUGGUCAGAUGAAAAGAAAAUACAGAGUUUGCAAUGUUACUAGGCGACCAGCCAGCCAUCAGACGUUCCCUUUGCAGUUGGAAAAUGGGCAGGCUAUGGAGUGUACAGUAGCUCAGUAUUUUAAGCAGAAGUACAGUUUGCAGCUGAAAUACCCUCAUCUUCCAUGCCUCCAAGUAGGACAGGAGCAGAAGCAUACAUAUUUACCCCUUGAGGUGUGUAAUAUAGUAGCAGGCCAACGUUGCAUCAAGAAGCUAACAGACAAUCAGACGUCAACUAUGAUCAAAGCAACAGCACGGUCUGCACCUGAUAGGCAGGAAGAAAUUAGUAGAUUAGUGAAGAGUAACAGCAUGGUAGGUGGUCCUGAUCCAUAUCUGAAGGAGUUUGGUAUUGUUGUCCAUAACGAAAUGACAGAGCUGACUGGCAGGGUGCUUCCUGCACCGAUGUUGCAGUAUGGAGGCAGGAACAAGACUGUUGCUACGCCAAAUCAGGGUGUUUGGGAUAUGAGAGGAAAGCAGUUCUACGCUGGCAUUGAAAUUAAAGUUUGGGCUGUUGCCUGCUUUGCUCCUCAGAAGCAAUGCCGGGAAGACUUGUUGAAGAGUUUUACUGAUCAGCUGCGCAAAAUCUCCAAGGACGCAGGGAUGCCAAUUCAGGGCCAACCAUGCUUCUGUAAAUAUGCACAGGGUGCAGACAGUGUGGAGCCCAUGUUCAAACACUUGAAGCUGACUUACGUUGGGCUGCAGCUAAUUGUAGUGAUUCUCCCUGGAAAGACACCAGUGUAUGCUGAAGUUAAACGUGUUGGGGAUACUCUCCUAGGCAUGGCCACCCAGUGUGUUCAGGUGAAAAAUGUGGUAAAAACCUCUCCGCAGACUUUGUCUAACCUCUGUCUGAAGAUCAAUGCAAAACUUGGCGGGAUAAACAACGUGCUUGUACCACAUCAGAGGCCCUCUGUGUUCCAGCAGCCCGUGAUCUUUCUUGGAGCAGAUGUCACUCACCCACCUGCUGGGGAUGGGAAGAAGCCUUCCAUUGCUGCUGUAGUAGGCAGCAUGGACGGCCACCCUAGCCGCUACUGUGCUACGGUGCGAGUGCAGACUUCCCGCCAGGAAACUUCCCAGGAGCUGCUGUACAGUCAGGAAGUGAUCCAGGACCUGACCAACAUGGUGCGAGAACUGCUGAUCCAGUUCUAUAAGUCCACUCGCUUCAAGCCCACACGGAUCAUCUACUAUAGGGGAGGCGUGUCAGAAGGGCAGAUGAAACAGGUAGCCUGGCCAGAACUAAUUGCAAUCCGGAAGGCCUGCAUCAGUUUGGAGGAAGAUUACAGACCAGGAAUCACCUACAUUGUUGUGCAGAAAAGGCAUCACACAAGACUCUUCUGUGCUGACAAAACUGAAAGGGUGGGGAAAAGUGGCAAUGUUCCAGCAGGCACUACUGUGGACAGCACUAUCACGCAUCCCUCUGAAUUCGACUUUUACCUCUGUAGCCAUGCAGGAAUUCAGGGAACCAGCCGCCCUUCUCACUAUCAAGUCUUGUGGGAUGACAACUGUUUCACUGCAGAUGAAUUGCAGCUACUGACAUACCAGCUGUGUCACACUUACGUUCGGUGUACACGGUCUGUCUCAAUUCCUGCUCCUGCAUACUAUGCCAGGCUGGUAGCAUUUAGGGCAAGAUACCAUCUUGUGGACAAAGAUCACGACAGUGCUGAAGGCAGCCAUGUUUCAGGACAGAGCAACGGGCGUGACCCCCAAGCACUAGCCAAGGCAGUACAGAUUCACCAUGACACUCAGCACACCAUGUAUUUUGCCUGAUGAGAAUGUGAGAAGAUGAGGCAGAAGCAGUAGCCCAGUUGGGCUUGCCAACAACUACUGGUUGUUAGGGCUCAGUUUUAUUUCAGGCUGCCCACCACCAGCAGCUUGGGACGGUUGCACUGAAUCAACGCUUGCAGCAACAUCUGAUGCAGAUGCAAUUGAGCCAUUUUUAUUUUGUGAUUUUCAGUAAAUAGAAAUUUCAUAGACAGUCUUUGCAUUGGACUGAAUUUUUACCUCAAAGCGCAAAAGGCUGAUCCUCCUAAAAGAAAUUUUUAAAGGACUUGGCACGAAAGGUUUUUAUUGAAAUAUUUUGCUAAUCAAUUUUAAGUUACCUCCUCGUCCCCAUUAAGCUUAUCAAGAGGCUGAAUUCCUCCUGGGCUUCUUCAUACUGCUUAGUGAGUCUUCAGAUAUGGCAAAACAUCGUGUUCCACUGUUCUACUGUGUGGGGCCAUAGAGACUUUAUAAAUGGAACUUUUACUGUAAACGCCUUUCAACAAACAUUAACUUUCAGAGGUAUUGCUGGUUUUCUUCUUUGUUUGUUUGUUUGUUUUGCUUUGUCAAGUUUUACUAGUUCUCUUUUUGUAAAUCUCUCUGCAGUCAUGGGCUGCAAAGCAAUUGCACUAUAACUGCGAAUUCAACUAGGUGGUUCUUGUUCUGUGAAUGCGUAACGUAAGCGGACAGGAAUGCCCUUUGGCAGGCCUAAUAUAAUAAAAUCAAUGGCUACACACAACAGCCACUGUAUGGUUGGUUCAGAAUGCUGAACUGCUUCCCCCUUUAAAGUAUGUGGCGAAGUUCUAAAAGAUUAGUUUUAGGUAUUUUUCAGACAUUAACAAAAGUGCCCAUUUUAUGCUGCUGUGUUUGAUGAAUUGAAGUCAUUUUUAAUACUCUUUUUCAUAGAAGGUUUUAACUUUGGCAAUAAUUUUUUUUAAAUACCCUGGCAGUAACUUUUCUAGUUGAAUACUUUACAUGAGUUACAGCCAGCAUUCUUGUGUAGAUUGACUUAUCUUUGCUGAAGAGAAAAUUAGUUCUUAACAAAGGAUCAGAAAAGGCUCCCUUCAUGCUUUUUACAAAUGGUUAUUUUUAACUGUUUUAUAUUCACCAUUGGUCUGUCUACCCCUUUUUAUAAGCUUGGAAAGUGGGUGUUCUAUAUAGGAAAGGCUUUGCCAAUAUGUACAGUUGUGUAUAGUGUGACAGUAGCAAUCGAAGACUUUUACCAGCAUUUAAAAACAUUGUUUCUUUGAGAAUUUAGGUUGCCCGCAUGUACAGUGACACUCAGUAGCAUGUGUGAUGUGUACAAUUUAAUGUUGAUCUUGACCCAUUUCUAUAAAUUAGGACUCUUAUUUGCUUGGCUCUCUUCCACGAAAAUGUGUAAUGCAAAAAGCAGGGGUGGGAGGUGGGACUUGCAGACAAUAGUAGUGUUGCGUUGAGACUAGCUUGUGAGUGUUAGCACAAGAUGCUUUAAAUUCCUAGUUUUUAACUGAGAUGACGCCACUGUGAAAGAUUGGGAUUUUGCCAAUAAUUGCACUCUAGUCUCUGAAAUGAGCAGGUGGUGGCGCAGCAUUGUGCGACCUUGUGAGCUUUCAGAUCCAGACCUCAAGGUCAGCAAUAUGCUCUGUGGUUUAUAUUUUCCUUCAGUCUUUUGAGAUAAAGCUUGUAGAUACUUGGAAAGUCUACAUUUCCAAAUACUGUCAUUCAGCCGUACCAGAGUGCACUGAAGUUAGUCUUCAAAUAGCAAUUUCAUAAGCUAUUUCCAGAAGUGUAUGUCAAUGGGGAUGGACUUAAAAAGUUUUCUCUUCCCUACUCAGAAACAGGAGUGAAGCAAACUCGGCUCUGACACACAGUGUGGACAGAUACUAGAUUUCUUUAAACUUAUUUAAGUCUUUUCCCCCCUUAAGUAUACCUCACUUGGGAUAAAUAUCAGGACAUGUGGGGAGGAAGAGUGACCGCUGCUUCAGUUAGCCUGCUGCUUUCCUUUCCUUUUCUUUUAAUACUUGUUCAGGGAGAAAAUGCAAGAAUUGAACUCCUGCUUGGCCCCAAACAUAUGGAGAACUGAGGCACCUUGAAGAGAAUAUAAGCAAGCACCUGUUCAGUGUGUAGCGCUUUUUUAUUGCACUAGGUAAGGACAUGGCAAGAGAAAGAGAGGGUACAUAAAGAAGAAAAAUCCAUGUUGUAUCAUCAAAUAAACAGGUAGCAGCUGACCAAGCACUCCGAGCACGGGUGGAGCAGAGAGACACCCUCGUUUGCAUGUCUUACAGCUGGCCACUCUUCCUUUGCAGAAGCAGCUUUUGCUCUGAAAUCCGGAUCAGGGCAGCUGUGCAGGAGAAGGAUGGUUUAACGCUCUCCCAGGCCGUUUUCCUAUCAAAGGUUGCUCUGCAAAAGCACCACCAAAAUUUGCUACCGAAGCAAAUCUGAACACCCAUCACUGCUCCAACAUAGCUGCAUUUGCUGAAGGAAGGGAGUGACCAGUCGCAAGCAUGCUUUUUAAAAUGCACACUUUACGUAAUUCAUAGAUUGGCCCAACGUGCAGACAGGAAUCUUAACUAGCCCUAGAAGGGCUUUUCUGGCCAAUUCAUAAUAAAAUAAGGCCGGGACUAGAUGAAAAGGGCCUUUUUAAUCUUCUAUCAUAGGAAAGAAAGCUGUUCUGAUCUUUAUAUUUUUCUUGUGUAUUACAUGCCGCAGCUAUAUUUUGAAGUCUUCUGUAUUUAAAUAUAUAUAUACACACACACAUAUAUAUAAGCAGGAUUCUUUUUAAAUGAUUAUUGUCACAGUGAAUUUUAUCAUCCCAAAAAUGUCUAUGGAAAGAAACUUUUUUGCCAACUUUUGCACUUUCUUGGAAUUUUUCAUGAAUUUUCCUUUUUUUUUUUUCCUUUUUUUGGGGGGGGUUUGUUGCCCCUGUUGGACAUUUUUUUGUGUGCAAAAACGUGUUUGGUUAUCUCUUAGUCACUCAAGAGUGCCGUGAUGUCUUUUGGGUGGAUGUUUCAAAGCUGAGGAUUUAUUGAAAGGAGUGUGGAUGGCAGCAGCAGCAGCAGCAAAGGUCUUCAAAAUAAUAACGGCAAGAUCCAGUUGCAGCAGGACCGUUGUGUGGCAGAAUCUCUCGACUCUGCUCAUCAGAACAAAUCCCACCCUUCCGGGGGAUGAACUGAAUCAUUAAUGCAUGUGUCAAUCAAUGGGAAGACGUGCAUUCUGUAGCUGUAGUACUUAAGGUGUUUGGGAUUUAUUAAAUGUUUUUCCCCCCUUUCGUUUAAAUAAAGCCUACUGGGUACUGUUUAGCUAUAUGUUGUGGAAGAUUUUCAAAUGUAGCAAUUUGGGAAUGGGGCAGUGGGGAGGAGAGAAUCAAAAGGAGGAGCAGUUGGUGUUUAUAGAGUAGCAAAUACCUUGUUCUUUUCCUCAGUCCUGUUCUGCAUUUUGUGAGCACUUAAGUUCCGAAGAGGCUCUAAAAAGCUUUUGCUCUGUAGCAGGUGUGUGUGUGAGUGUGUGUCUGUGGGAGGGAGGGAGGGAGGGAGGGAGGGGGUGGAGGUGUUGCUUGCUCUUACGCUGAAGGCUCUGACUUUGCCUGGCAUUUUAAUGAUGACAUCCAAAGAGGCAUCAUAAUAGGAUGCAAAAGAUGUUCAAUGUUCGUAUGAUCCAGAAAUGUCUCUUCUCCCCCACCCUUUCCUUUAUAUCAAAAGCCUUUGGCCAUUCAAUGGUGGCAAGGCCAUUCUUCUGACAGGUUAAUAAAUCGCCCAGCUCCCCUUCCCCCCCCCAAAAAAAAACUACCUUUGUGGAUGUGGUGUAGAUCUCUUCCCCUUCUUGCUCAGUAGCAAGGCAGUCACUCUGCUUUCAUUUUCAGAAAGUAGAGCUCCGAGGGCAUUGUAUCAAUACUGUUUCAACUGCAAGGUUUUUUCCCUUGUGCAAUUUGAGGAAAGAUCAUAUGUGAAUAUCACUAAAGAGUUUCUUUAUACCUUGCUAUUGAUACUUUUGUGAUAUUUCUAUGUCUAGAGCCUGAAACUUGUAUGUAAAACUUGUUUGCAUUUGUUCAUUUUUGACUUCUGAUGUAUUUUUCUUUUGUUUCUAUAUUGUUAGACUUGUAAUGUUUUAAAUUGUAUUUUAUUAAAAUUGGACUGGAUGUAUGUCUAUAGCAAUACGAGGUACUUUUCUUUUUAAAAAAAUAAACCCUGUUUUGGGGAGGGUGGGUUAAUAGCCCCCCAUUGCGAUAUGCUGGCUGUGUAUAACUGCAAUGUAUUUUUUUCUUUUCUUUUUUAGCCUGCAGGGAUUUUGUGUUCAUGUGUCCAAAAAAAUAAAGGCAUUUGUGUGCCAAAUGUUUUUCUUCAUUUGUGUAUAAUACUACCAAUAAAAAAGCA